GUCAAAAACCCGCUGAGCAACCAAGAGAAAUAAAAAGAAAGUCGAGUGGUUCUUUCAUGACUGGGUAACCACGGGAACCGGCUUGGACAACAUUCACGGUGCAACCAAACGAGUGCAAGUGUCUUUAAUGAACUGUCUUCAAUUCUACAUGUGAUAAAUAAUACAGCAAAGUUCAACACGAAGAAGAAAAUAAGAGUGAAUCUGGAAUGCCCCUAUUGGUCUCUGUUACCAGGAAAGGAAAUAAUUUGUUGCUGUAGAAACGAAAAUUUUUAUUAAUUUCGGACAAUUGGUUCCUUCAUCUCCUUGAUUUAGGUUAUUCCGAUAAACGCUGCUUAUAAAAAAGCGGCCAAGAAAACCCCCUUUCCGUGCUUUCUUUCUUCUUUACAUUUUUUUUUUUAAAAAUCAUGGAUUAUUUUGCUUACAAAAACAAAAAGAGAAUAAAAGAAUCUCAGUUAUUUAAUUCACUACCUUCGACGCCUACUAUACUUAUUCAUGAUACCGGAAAGUCAAGCUUUAGACCCACUUGUAUAAGAUACUCAACCUCAUUCUUUGAUAAAGAACCAUCUCAGUCAUUAUCAUCAUUAUCAUCAUCAUUACCAUCACCGCCAACAACGCCUCAAGUUCCACUGAUACUACCAUCAUUAUCAUUACCAUCACCAUCUGCAUUAUUUAAAAGACGAUUCAGCAAUCCGCCAAAGAGAGUAAUAUCACCUAGACUUCAUGUAUUGCUCGUAGAUGAUAACGCUGUCAAUUUACAAAUACUAUCGCGAUUACUGAGCACACAUAUGCCAGAUGUGUUUGAACAUAUAGAGCUAGUAAAGAGUGGAGUAAAAGCAUUAGAGUUAUUAAGAUGUAGACCGUUCGAUUUGAUUUUGAUGGACAUUGACAUGCCUAUCCUCAAUGGUGUUGAGACAGCACGCCAUAUUCGCUCAUCCACCGAAUUCGAUAUCCUGCUUCAUAAUCGUAAUAUACCCAUCGUUGCUGUCACCACAAAUGAUACCAAGGAAUGGCGCGAGUUGUACACUAAUGCCGGCAUGAAUGGAUGCAUAGGUAAACCAGUGUCACUUAAUGAUUUGAAGUCAACCCUGUCCAAUGUCUUAGAUCUUGAUAUACCUCAAUCACCAUAUACACCAGAAUAAUCAAUGCAUACGUAUCCUACACACAUCCCCCUUAUAGACUUGUAAAUAACUUGCUUGCUUCCCCCCUUUUUACUGUUUGAAAAUAGUAAAUACAAACCCCCUUUUUAUGUUGUAAAUAAUAAACAAAUGUGUUAUUGCUACACGAUA